GCAGAUCUCAGGCUCUGGCACCUGACCCUGUUGGCUCACCCCGCUGCCUCUCCCAGGCUCCUGCCCAGAUCCUUUAUUGCCAGAGCAAAAAUGGCAAGCUCUACGAGAGUCCAGAAUCUUUACUUUGCUCCAUGCUGUUGUAAGUGCGUGAUUUGGGUAGUAGAAUAACUUGGGCUAGGUGAGCCUCUUUAUUAAAAAACAAAAACUAAAACAUUUCAAAAACCUUGAAAAUCAUCUUCCGUGCCCCACUCUUCCUGUCUCUCAUUAUGCCCUGCAGGACAUACUCUUGGCCUUCGAACACUUACUGCUUUGGCCAGCUCUAAAUGAGCGCCAGCACUGAGGGGUCCAGCCCAUGCUGAACUCCCACGGUGACCCCCCCCAAGUCCCCGCCCCGACUGACCCCGCCCCGCGGCUGCGGUCUAUUUUGGGCGCACCCGCGGCGGGGCGCGGGAUCGCUGACAGUCGCGGAUCCUGUGACACCUCCCAGCAGCCAGGCACUUGUUGCUCUCGGGACCUGUUGUCAAUCCCUUAGCUCGCUCUUCCUUUUAGCCCCCUGCUGGCUCUUGGAGUCUGCUCUUUCCGUUUGACACCUGGGACUCCGAGCUCUUCUCUCAGACAUAGCUGUCCUUGCUUGGAGAAAUUGAUGAGAAACUGGUAGUCUUAAAAGAAAAAAAAAAUUAAACGCCGUGCAGAAGAGAGGCCCCUCGCUGUGAGCAGGAGCCUAAAGCGCUGCAGAGGUGGCGCCUCUCCGGCCCGGGACCGUGGUCCGGGGCGCCGACGGCAUGACGGACUCAGCGACAGCUAAUGGGGACGACAGGGACCCCGAGAUCGAGCUCUUCGUGAAGGCUGGCAUCGAUGGAGAGAGCAUUGGCAACUGUCCUUUCUCUCAGCGUCUCUUCAUGAUCCUCUGGCUGAAAGGAGUCGUGUUCAACGUCACCACUGUUGAUCUGAAAAGAAAGCCAGCCGAUCUACACAACCUGGCUCCUGGCACGCACCCGCCCUUCCUGACCUUCAAUGGGGACGUGAAGACUGAUGUCAACAAGAUUGAAGAGUUCCUGGAGGAGACCUUAACCCCUGAGAAGUACCCCAAACUGGCUGCAAGGCACAGGGAAUCUAACACUGCGGGCAUCGAUAUCUUCUCCAAGUUCUCAGCCUACAUCAAAAACACCAAACAGCAGAACAAUGCUGCCCUUGAGAGAGGCCUGACAAAGGCGCUGAGGAAGCUGGAUGACUACCUGAACACCCCUCUGCCAGAGGAGAUUGACACCAACACCCAUGGGGACGAGAAGGGCUCCCAGCGCAAGUUCCUGGAUGGGGAUGAGCUGACCCUGGCCGACUGCAAUCUACUGCCCAAGCUCCAUGUGGUCAAGAUUGUGGCUAAGAAGUACAGAAACUAUGACAUCCCAGCUGAGAUGACAGGCUUGUGGCGGUACCUCAAGAAUGCCUAUGCACGGGACGAGUUCACCAACACCUGUGCAGCUGACAGCGAGAUCGAGUUGGCCUACGCAGACGUCGCCAGGCGCCUCAGCCGAUCCUGAGCUUGGCCGUCUGACCCGAUUUCUGCUGCAGAAGAAUUUCAUUUCUCCCAAAGGCUUUCAGCUCUACAGACUCUUCUUCACCAUUGCCUUGGGGAGACAUCAAAAAAGUUAGGCCACAUCCUACUGGCACCCCUGAACUCAGCUCCAGCCUUCUACCUUCUAAGAUCAGUGCCAUCCUUCUGCCUUGACCUGCAGAAGUCCAGCAAGCAGCGAGGACGCAGUAGCAGAUGUUUCCACCUGCUGGUCUGACCUAGGGUCAGUGUGUCAGGGGUCAGUUUGCGGAGCUCCCACGGGAUUGUCACUGUUCCUUUCUGCCAAUGUCAUAAUGCUUUCUCAGAUGCUCUAACAACUCGAAAUGCCAGCUUCCCCCCUCCCCUCCUUCCUCAGCAACUGCAAGGUGAUGGACAAAUGCCAUUACAUGAUUGUUAGGGAGAGAUCGAUGCUUUGACUGGGGAGAGAGUGGUUGGGGGGUAGUCAG